AUGGACACGCUUUCGAGCGAUUUUGUUUGGAAAACUAGGAAAGCGACCACGAGUAAUGGCCAUCCGGUGGUGGUUUUGCCGACCGUGACGGGUUUCUCGUCGCUGUCGGUCAACAAACACAGGCCACCCGAGAAAUGCCGCCGGCGCCGUCAACGCGCGCAACACCACAGCGGCAGACCUUGCAAACAUCCUUUGGACGUCAGCCGCCAAAAGGUGUUCUUCAUGAAGCCCGCCGGCGGAGGAUACGUACGGUGUAAGAUCGGCAAGCAGAUCGAUGUCGCUCCGGCAGCGGAUGGCAACGACCAAGAGCCGAAGAAGGGCAGGCCCAAAGGAUCAAAGAACAAAAACAAGUACGAGCCGCUCGGUCACGGAUUCACGGACAAAUCGUUCGUGUACACCGUGGACGCGGAGUGUGUGGCGUGCGACCUGUCGCCGGGAAGCGACCUGUUAGCGCACGCCCUGGAACGCCACAAGGACAACUGCCCCACAUGCGGUGGAUGGUUUGGCGAACAACUUACCGAACACUUUGGAACGCACGCCACCACGAAACAAACCUACCUGACGGUCACGUGCCACGUGUGUUUCAGUUGCGGUGAAAAAUACGGCAACUCAGACUUAUUACGAGCACACGUGCUGGACGUGCACGUUCGAAAGUCCACGCAAUUGAAGUGCUGCAUUUGUGGACAUUCACCGGCCCAGAACACCGUGAUGGCCCUGCGGCAGCACGUGUCCGUUAUGCACUCGGACAGUGAUCCCGCGACGAUGCCGGACACGUGCGGUUACUGUGACCAGCGACCCGGCCGCAACACUCUUGUAACACACUUGUUCGACAAGCACCUUUCCAAGGCCACGGUGAGCCUGGCGUGUUUACUCUGCGAAAAGCAGUGCGAGAAUCUCGAGGCAAUGGUCGACCACCUGGUCGGCGAGCACUGUACCGUCAAGACGUUCAGACGGCCGGCCGUGUACCGGUGCCAGUCGUGCCACAUCGGCUUCAAAACCCAAACCAGCGUACUGAGGCACCCGUGCGGCUUAAUAAAAAACCUAUACUGUGAAAAGUGCGAUAAGAUGUUCCCGUCCAAAAUGAGGCUCGCUUUCCACCUGCAGUUUCACGACCAUCCCGUUUACCCGACCAUGCAUCUACACUGCGACGUGUGCCUGGUCGAAAUGGAAGACGAAUGCCAUCUGUACGACCACAUCCGCUUUCAGCACGAAGUGUGUGAGAAGUCGGUGUGCGAGACGUGCGGCCGGACGUUCAAGACGUCCAUGGGCCUUAGCAUUCACCGUCGGUAUCAUGUCGGCGACAGACACUACACGUGCAAGACUUGCGGCAAAUCUUUCCUCAACCGAUCCACGCUGAAAGAACACGAAAUAUCGCACAUGGACGUCAAACCGUUCCGGUGCCAUAUAUGCAACCAAUAUUUGAGCCGAGCUUCGCGUCUCCGGUCACACGUCAAGUCGCACAAAGCGGCCGAAUCGACUGUGCAGCGUUGCUACUACUGUACGGUUUGCUGUUUUGUAGCGCCCAACUUCAAUAUGAUAACAAGUCACGUGGGCAGAGAACACAACUUCAACGGGCAGGUCACUACCGUAGACUUAUCCAUGGUCGUCAAAUGCGAGUAUUGCGAUUCCACAUACGUGGACUCGUCGUGGCUAAACAAACACCGGGACACGACGCACCCCCAAGACGGAAACCCCGAGGCGUUUGUGUGCGCUCUGUGCUCUUCUACUUUUAUCACAUAUUCCAGGCUGGCCACGCACAAGUUAACCCACGGUAUAAACACCGAGUCCACCUUGUUCGAAUGUCAGAUCGACAACGGCAACAACGUCGACCAGGACCGGUUCUGCAUACCUCAGUUUUUCUCGUGCGAGCACUGUAGUAAAACGUGCCUGCAUUACACGUACCUGUGCCUGCACCGAAAGCUCAAGCACACCGUGAACACGGGUAAGGUGAAGUGUAACCGGUGUCCACAAGAGUUCAAAUCGUCGUGGAAACUGGUGUACCACAAAAAAACCGUUCACGGAUUUAGCCUCAACCAGGAAGACCACACGGACGACGUGCACCAGUGUAACUUGUGUUCGCGGAAAUUCAACAAAGUUGGCGCGCUCAACUUGCACAAGACUCGCAGUCACAUCGACAACGGGGCCACCACUAGUAACGGCGGCGGCGGCGGCGGCAAGUACUUGUGCGACCAUUGCGGCAAAUCGCAGACCACCGAGCGGUCGUUGAACAGCCAUAAGAAAACCCAUUGCAAUCGGCUGCGCGUGGUCGCCGACAGCCAACAGACGUAUCAGAAAAUUCCGGCGGCAACGGCGACAUCGUCCAUGGAAAUCGAAACGCCGGCGGCAACACUUACGUCCGACAGAUUUGCUUGUACGUUCUGCCAGCUGGUGUUCGACGAAAGGACCGCGUUUGUCGAGCACAUCACGGGACAUACGGCCGGUCAGGCUGCGGUGUUGUCCGUCGACCACACGGUUUGCAAUCUUUGCAACAAGGACCUGUUGGACGUGGCAUUUCUCAAGUGUCAUCUGGAACAACACGCGCUCAUAAACCAGACGCUCACUUGUCACGUGUGUUGCACCGCAUUUCUGUCCGUCGAUGGGUUCGGUUUACACGUCCGCACCGCGCACCACAUGACCGCGGAGGAACCGGCGGAUCCCGUCGCCGACGACUUAUACGUACCGGAAAUAAAGUUUGUGGGCUUGCCGGAAGACCCGAUGGAAUACAAUCCGUUGGUCAUAGACUGUUCGAACAUGUUCGAUCCGUAUCAGACGGAACCGCUUGCCGUCAAUUCGGUAGACUUCAUCAAACAAGAACCCGUGUUCGACGAACUGUUGGAACUGAUGCCGCAGUCAAGCUUAGAACCGCAACAGGCCGACCAGCGUUUCCCGGAAACCGAUGACGAGCUCUACAACUUGUUGGUCGACCUAACCAGUUGA